ACCUUUUCGGUCCCUCGCAGCUGCCGUAGCCGACGCUCGGUCAUCAAUCAUGGCGUUUUGAAAACUUUCGACGCUCCGAAAGUUCCUGAACUGAAAUGUUCUUCACGAACUGGCAGCAGGUCCCACUCUCUUUACAAGUCUUCCAAUCCAACAACUCCGCGGAUAUCCACAUCGGGACGAAAAAUGCCACUCUCGUAACUUACCGGCGAUCGUUGUUAUGCGCGCUAGCGUCGACCGGCUCAAGAUGCUAACUUGAACUAGGCUAGCCACUUUCGCCAAGUUAGCAAACAAGCUAAGCCUUGGUUAUCUCGCGACGUUAAUGUCCUCAAUGUAGAGCCGACGCCGUGUUGAAACAUCGGCGUGUCUGUUUUCGGCGUGUCUGUAGUCCGUUGCGGCUUCGAAUGGCGCGUUUCCUUCGGUACUGCGUCAGCCACUGCUUGCAAGCGGCAAUGACCCGACUUGAAGGUGCACACGGGGAAGGGAGCGUGUGGUCGUCGGUCCGCUGCCUGGGCUACAUGUCCGGCCUCAACCUGCUGGUGGCGCUGUGCCUGGGUCUCUUCGUCCGCUGGGAGGAGAUGGCCGAGUCCACGCUACUGGUCAUCAUCAUCUUGGCUUUGCUCGUCCUGGCGCUGGCCGGCGUGUUGUACUGCUACUUGGGCACGGAGCGGCUCAGCCUCAGCCUCCUGUAUCUUUGGUUCGGCUUUCUUCUGGGCCUUCUGUGCUUCGUCAACAGCCCCGAGCUGGAGGGCAACGUCAAGGAGCAGGUUGCCAACGGUCUGCUGCUGUCGAGUGUGUCCCUGAGGACUCUGUGGGCUCUGCUCGAGAGGAUGCUGGGCUACUCGAGAAGCCGGCCCGCCUUCGUCACCUCGGCCGAACGGCUUCUGCUGACGGGUUUCGCCGCCGCCAGCACGGUGCUGCUCCUCCACAAAGCACUGAGCGUCACGGUGCUGGCCGGCGCCCUCUGCGCCGUCACGGUGGCCCUCAGGAUGAAAGCGGUGCUGGCGCUGACCAACCUGGCGUGCUUCAUUGCCAUCGGCGUGGACUUCUUCCUCAAAAGCCUUCAAGUCCGAACCAACCCGUACGCCCUGGGCUGCUUCUUCGGCCUGCUGGUUUGCGACCCGCUGCUGGACAUCUACUUCAGCGGCCUCUCCGUGACCGAGCGCUGGCAGCCUUUCCUUUCCCGAAGGGGCUUGUGGCGGCGCCUCACCCUGCUCCCUCUGCUGCUUCUGGAGGUGACCUUCCUCGUUCUGUCGGCGCAGGUGCUCGGCCGCUUGGACCGCUGGUACCUGACCAUCCCGGCGUUCGCAGCCUGCGCACUCUUCUGGGCCAUCUGCCACUUGGUGUUCUUCAUCAGCCUGUGGGGCUUUCACAGCAAGCUCAGUGACUGCCAGAGGGUUUGCCUGAGCCAGGGUUGCGGGGCCAGCCGGCUGGAUAAGAUCAUGGCGUCCAAGGGAAUGAGACACUUUUGCCUCAUCUCCGAGCGCCUGCUGCGUUUCACGCUGGUGUCCACCAUCGCCGUUGCCGCUUUGUCCUGGCAGGUGUCCAGCAGCAUCUUCUUGAGCACCUUCUUGCUGGUUCUCUCCCUGGAAUCCGUCGUCCACGGUCUGUUCCACGAGUUGGGCAGCAGCCUGGGAGGAACGUGUGUGGGCUACGCCGUGGUCAUCCCCACUAACUACUGCAGUCCCGACGGGCAGCCCGUCCUGCUGCCCCCCGAACAGGUGCAGCAGCUCAACCUGCGCUCCACGGCCAUGCUGAGCAACAUCCAGCGCUUCUUGGCCCAGCACCUCAUCGAGACGUUCGGCUGCGACUACUCCACCGGCGGCGUCACGCUGGAGGCGCUGCAGGCCAAGCUCAAGUCCUUCAUGGAGCUGCGCACGGCCGACGGGCCGCGCCACGACACCUACGUGCUCUUCUACAGCGGCCACACGCAUCGCACCGGCGAGUGGGCGCUGGCAGGAGGAGACACGCUCGGCCUGGAUCAGCUGUUGGACUGGUGGCGGGAGAAGAACGGCGCCUUUCGCUCCCGCCUCAUCCUGGUGCUGGACUGCGACCACUCGUUGCCCACGGUGAAAGCGGCGCGGCAGGUGGAGGGCGUCCACGUGGCGGUGCAGGCCGCCACCUCGCCGCGGCCCGCCGAGCAGCAGCGGGGCGAUUUCCUUUCGCACUGGGUGGCGUACAAUUGCGACGGGGACGGCGGCCUCCCGUGGUCGCGGCGGGGCGGGGCGCCGGCGGCCAUCUACGGCGUGUCGCGCCGCUGGAGCGACUACACGCUGCACCUGCCCACCGGCAGCGACCUCACCGACCACUGGAGGGCCUACUUCCCGCGCGUCACCUACCCGGUGGUCCGCUUGGCACUGUGGUGCGGCGGCCUCAGCCUGCUGUGGCCCUGCGGCGCCUGCCUCAGGUGCCUCAAGAGGGUCAAACUCAACUGGUUUCCUCCCGCUGUUCUUGACACCAGACAGGGUUUCAAACUGGUCCGAGCUUAGGUGGGGAAAAUUGCUCGCAGCCAUUUUGUGACGCCCGGCAGCUCCUUUUUCGUCUUCCCAACCAGCAGCCAUUUUGUUACUGAUCCCAAAAUAUAACUGUGCUGCGUUGAAUUUUUUUUUUCUUCCCCAUGUCGCUUAUCCUCAUUCGCAUCCCGCGUGAGUUGAAGCCUAUCACAGAUGAAUUUGGCCGAGCGACAGGAUGCACCGAUACAGCGUCCAGAUACUCCUCGUACUUUUGAUAUUCCAAUUACCAAUUGACACAAAAAAAAAUGCAUCGAGUCAGGUCUGAUUUAUUUAUUUCGUUGCCUUAAGAAUUAGUGACCCGAUAUCGGCAGCCGACGUGAGUACCCGAUGCCUUCCAAUAAUAACUGAUACAUGUUCUCGGGACCUGCCCAUCUGUAAUUAAGUACAGGUGCCGCUUUCAUUUAAAUCCCUGAAAAUGUGUAUACAAAGAUCUUUCUUUGACAUGCAAUUGAUAAUAUGCCAAAGUUAUACAGGGACAAAUAUUGUCUUAAAUAUCAGUUGCUGAUAUCAGAAGCCUCCAGGAGUACCCAAUACCUUAAAAUAAGUCCCGUCAUGGUAACCCGAUGUUACCUAAAUGGCAUGAGGUACAUACGGCCAUUAUGUACAUGUGUACAUGCCAUUGGCGACCAGUUGUGGGUGUCACCCGAGAUAGGCUCCAACUUUGUGACCUGAAUGAGGUUUAAACAAAACAACAAAAAAAGGAUGAUUGUGAGAGUCGGAGCGUUGAUACUAGUUUGCACUUGUUUUUUCCAGUUGUGUUUGUUUUCCUUAAUAGUGUUUAAGAAAUGUAUUUGACCAGAAGACACCUUCCAGCAUCAUGAAGCGCUUGAACUUUAUCGUAUUUCAUGGAGCAUUAGGCGCACCGUAUUAUUAGGGGAAAUACCAAUGAAUGGGUCCAUUAAAAAAAAAAAAUCAUACAUAGAUGCACUGUCGAUUGUUGUGAAAACUAAAGGAUGUCGUGUGCGCCUUAUGGUCUAGAAAAUACAGUAAUUUGCCAUCGUAUUCAACAAAUAAUAAUGUGCUCUUCUCUUUAUUUUUCAGUGUCAUGAAAAUUAAUCAUGACAGGUGUACAUUAAAAAUGUCAUUUCGGUCAAAUGUCGAAAUGCCGCUCAUCAAUUACAAAUGCUAAGCAGUGUCAAGCAGACAUUGUUUGCUGGUCUAAUACAUCUGUUAAGCACUGUCGUUUUGAUCGCCAUUGUAAAUGACAAAUUUCCCACGUGCCUUUUUUUGCUCACUGUGAUGACACCAAAGUGCUUUUUCGACACAGCCUUUUUGACAGCCUUUUUGAAGCAACUUUUUGUUUUUUGGAAGACUUUUGAUAUUCGAUGUUCCCCCUUGUCUAUGCAUAGACUCGAGCCAGUGAUCAUCAUGUGAAGAAUUUCACACUGGUGAAAGUGGAAUUUCAAAUUGAAACUAGACAGACCCUUCACAUGGAAACGUGUUUAUUAUUUCUGCUAUUAUUCACGUUCGAAUGUUUUUACAAUAACUUCUUGAAUAAACAUUUUUAAAU